CUUCUUCCACGAAACCUUCUCCGGGCGGCGGGGAUCAAAUUCACGAAGCCCUAACCAGGUACUAGAUCUUCCUCAAACCAUUCAUUUAUCGUUGAAGUAGACCACUGUUUCAUCUCCGGUUUGGUAUAGAUGGCGUCUUCAUGCAGUAGAUUCUUUAGCAGAGCCUCCAUUUCAUCUGUCAGAUCUGCCAUUAAAUCCAACAUUCAAACAGCUUCGUCCCCCCUUCACAGUUCUGCUUCCGCAUCCUCCUCAAGGUUCUCUAUUCCUUCCAGAUCCAAUUCAAAUCCACUUCGCCGUCUUUCCCUCUCCAGGUCUCCAUCGGAGCUUGGAUGUGUACAAUCUCUUUUGCCACUCCACAGUGCACUUGCGACGUCGAGGAUGAUUUCGUGCCUAAGCUCGACUUCCAGCAGUAGAGCUCUAUCACAGGGUACACUCUACCGUGCCUAUCCCGGUCUCUAAUAUUUGUUUUUUUAUAUGAGAGCACAUGAAUUUCAAAGAAAUAUUUUGGGGUUUUCCAUGACAUGCAGGGCAACAAUGUCAAAUGAAAUUGAUGGGACGUGAUAAAUUGUGCUGUUUCUUGAGGAGGGCUAUGUUCUGUUUUACUGCAAGGAGUUGAUUAAACAUAGCUUGGUCUUUCAGUUCCAAGGUGAUUGAUCCUGUGAGCGGCAAAUACUCCUCCUCGCAAGAAUUUCAUUACUGUCUAUUGAUUGGGUAAAGCAACGAUUUUGUAAUCUGUUUUCAGAAUUACUUCCAUUUUGAAUUGCUCAUUGUUGUGCAAUAUGAUUUGUUUCAAAUAAUAGUUACCUGAGAUAGAUGAAAUCUUACCUUGAGAAAUAAGGAUUUAUUGUCAAUCUAUUUUAAUGCCGAUUUUUUAUU